GAGGUGUUACAGCAUAGAUGGCGCCACUUGUUUGUUUACCAAGUUUCGCGGGAAAAAGCUGAGUGACUUAGCUGUGAGGAUGGUGCAGAAGACCAUACUGUCAUUUUUCUCGGCCCCUAAGGUGAAAAAGCCAGAUGAAGGAGCAUCUGGAGGAAGCUCACAAGGAGAAAAUAAAAAUACAAAGAACGACUAUACAGAGGAAGACGAUUCUCCUGUGAAAAAAACGCCUCGUCAUAAAGCCCGGGUAAUUGAGAGCGAUAGCGAGGAGGAGGGGGAACAAGUUCCCUCUACAAGUUCUUCACCUCAUAAAUCUGAUGAAGAAAAAGAAAAUAUGACCAAGACCAGCCAAGAGACAAGCACAAACAAGGAGGAGGAGAAUGUGAAGGAUCAGAGUACAAAACAAUCCAACGGUAGUCCUUCUACAAAGAAAGAUGUUAAUACUAAGAAAAAAAAGACUGCCAUGAAGAAAAGUCUUACAACAAAGAAGGGAGUAAAUGCAAACAAAGAAAAGAAGAAACAAACAAAACGAAAGAAGAUCCCAGUCCCAAGACCCAGCCAAAAGAAGAACAAGGUUGAAGAUGAGAACAAGAACUUGGAGGAGACGGAGUUAAAAGAAUCAGAUGACGAGGCCCGGGACACAGAUACAAAAGAUGAUAAGAGUACAGGGUCAGAAAAGAACUCGGCAGCAGAAGACGAAGAAGAGAUGGAGACGGAAGGUAGUGAUGAAGAUACAAAGACAGACAAUAAAAUGCAGGAAGACCAAGAAGAUGAGAUAAAGGAAGAUGCUAGUACAGAAAAGAAAGAAAAUGAAAUGAAGGAAAGUAAGAAUGAACCAACUCCUGGUUCAUCAAAGUUCAGUACUGUUACCACCCCAGAGAAAUCAUCCACUUCAUCGUUGAAGAGGUCUCCGGGAUUCACACCAGAAACUGUUCCACCCAUCAGAAAAACAGCUCGUAAACAGAUGAAACGUAAGAGUGACAGUCUGGAGAGUAAACAAACAGAGAUGGUAAAGAGGCUGAAAGGAGACAAUGAGACAUCCAGUACAUCAAACAAGGAAGGCACUGGAGAUGAGGACUCGGAAUUGGAGAAAGAUGAGGAGGAGAACUUAGAGAACAAAAAACAAAAGGAUGUAAAAGAAUCAAUGGAGGUUGACAAUUGUGAUGAUGCUGUUGAAAAUAAAGAGAGUCCAGUCAAAACUAAAGAGAAGGCCGCACAGGGCAGGCUUAAACCCAAAGCUAUCCACAGUUUUUUUGCUCCCAGACCAGCAAAACAAAAUGAUACAUCCCUGACCACUAAGAGUUGUGUGGAGGAGGACGAGGCAUCAGAAGAAGAAAAUGACUCGUCUCCACGGAAGAAAGAUAAGUCUCAAAAGAAUGAGUCGUCACCUGGCAAAGAUUCCUCAAAAGCUUCAAGUAUGGCAAAGAAACCGGUGAUAAAUCCCUUUGCUCCCAAGCCUGCUGGUGCUGAUGAUAUGGGUGCCAGCUAUAACCCGGCCAAGAGUAAAUAUCAUCCAAUCACAGAUGCCUUCUGGAAACGCAAUGAAAAAGUGCCUUAUCUUGCCUUGGCCAAAACAAUGGAACUGAUUGAGAAGACAAGCGGCCGACUCAAGACAAUUGAAAUUCUGGCUAAUUUAUUCCGCUCAGUAAUAGUGUUAUCACCUGAUGACCUCCUGCAUUGUGUGUACCUGUGUCUCAACAAAGUGGCUCCUGCUUUUGAAGGCGUUGAGUUGGGCAUCGGAGAGACAAUCUUGAUGAGCGCCAUAGCUCAGGCGUCAGGACGGAGUAUGGAGAAGAUAAAGCUGGACGCAGAGCAAAAAGGAGAUCUUGGAAUUGUGGCAGAACAAUCACGGUCCAACCAGAGGAUAAUGUUCCAGCCGGCCAAGUUGACUGUCCGAGCGGUGUUUGACAAGCUGAAAGACAUUGCUCUCAUGACCGGCAAUGCAUCACGAAGCAAGAAAGUAGACAAAGUUAAAGGUAUGUUUGUAGCCUGUCGUUUCUCUGAGGCAAGAUAUCUCAUUCGCUCCCUUGGUGGAAAGUUGCGCAUUGGCCUGGCCGAGCAGUCUGUACUGCAGGCUAUAGCUCAGGCAUGCUUCUUAACUCCACCUGGCCAAGAGUAUCCACCAGAAGUUGCUGAUGCAGGGAAGGGUAUUCAUCCUGAUAAUUUGAAGACAAAAUUAGACAAUUAUGGAUUCAUUUUGAAGACAACAUAUUGUGAAUUCCCAUCCUAUGAUGAGAUCAUCCCAAUUCUCUUGAAUGAAGGACUUGAGGAACUCCCAAAUAGAUGUCAGUUGACACCAGGCAUUCCACUGAAGCCCAUGUUGGCACACCCGACCCCUGGGGUGUCAGAAGUUCUGAAACGUUUUGAAAAUGCCAAGUUCACCUGUGAAUAUAAAUAUGAUGGAGAAAGGGCGCAAAUCCAUCUUAAAGAGGACGGUACAGUAAAUAUUUACAGCAGGAACCAGGAGGACAACACCUCCAAGUAUCCUGACAUCAUUGCACGACUCAAAGGUGCACUCGGGGAGGAAGUGAAAUCUUGUGUUAUUGAUUCAGAAGCUGUAGCGUGGGAUCGUGAGAAAAAACAGAUCCUUCCCUUCCAAAUACUUAGCACACGGAGAAGAAAAAAUGCCAGUGAAAGUGAGAUUAAAGUACAAGUGUGUGUGUUUCCAUUUGACUUGCUCUACUUGAAUGGUAAGCCUCUAGUGCGCGAACCUUUUGAGCAGCGUAGAGCUCUUUUAAGAGAGCAUUUCAAAGAGGUCGAAGGAGAGUUUGUCUUUGCCAAAAGCAUGGACUCCACAAACACUGAAGAUAUUGAAGAGUUCCUGGAGGAAUCUAUUAAAGGAAACUGCGAAGGCCUCAUGGUCAAGACCCUUGAUGUUGAUGCCACGUAUGAGAUAUCCAAGCGUUCACGUAAUUGGCUGAAACUGAAGAAGGACUACCUUGAUGGGGUGGGAGAUACAAUAGAUGUUGUGGUACUGGGAGGCUACAUGGGAAAGGGCAAACGUGCAGGCCACUACGGAGGUUUCCUCUUGGCAUGUUAUGAUCCAGAUAAUGAAGAAUAUCAGACACUUUGCAGGAUUGGGACUGGCUUCACUGAUGAAGAACUACAGACACACUCGGCAUUCUUCAAGGAUCAUAUUAUAGAAAAACCAAAAUCUUACUAUCGGUAUGAGAACAGUGUAGCUCCUGAUCAGUGGUUUGACGCUGUACAAGUGUGGGAGAUCAAGUGUGCUGAUCUCUCUAUAUCACCGGUUCAUAAGGCUGCUGCAGGAAUCGUUGAUCGCGAGAAAGGUAUAUCUUUGAGGUUCCCAAGAUUCUUGCGUAUCAGGGAGGAUAAGGUGCCAGAGGACGCCACCAGUGCAUCACAAAUUGCUGAUCUCUACAAUAGUCAAGAUCAAAUAAAGAAUAAAAAGUCAUCAGGAAAAACUGUAGAGGAAGAUUUUUAUUAAGAAGAUCAAUGCAAGGAGAGAUUAGGUAUUAAUUUAAAACUGUUUCAGUCCAGUUUGGAGAAGAAAAAAACCUGUGACUUUUAAGCUGAAAUUUUGAGAUAUUAUAGAUAUUAAGGUUCUGACGCAAUGUUCAUCAUUGCCCACACUUGUAAACAUGGUUACCUGAUGGUGUGAGUCUCAGCUGUGUCAUAUAGAAUAAGUAAUAUCCAUGGAGCAAUGCAAACAUAUAUAAGAAUUGUUUUAUUGCUUAUUUAAAUUACAAUAAUUACAGGAAUUUAGUUAAUUCUUAUGCAGUAAACCCUCCCAACACCGGACUAAUUUGCGCAAGCUCUGUCCGUUAUUGGGAGGAUUCUGUUAAUGGGAGGGGUUUCUUUUUUACUCCAUUCCAACUGUCAAGCACAUAUCUUUUAUGUCAAUAAAUAUUGAACAGAACUGUAUAUAGAAAUUCAUCUUAUAUUGAAAUACAACCUGUACUUAUUUUAUAGAAUAACUUGGAACCAAGCACAUUCUCUUAAGUUUAUUUUUUUCUCAAGAAUCGGUAUGAGUAAAAGAAUAAUUUAUUUUUUCUUUUAUUUGGAUACUGUACAGGUAUUAUCUUUUGGUAAGUAAUGUGGGUGUUAUUUCUGCAGAAACAAUAUGUAUGCCUGAAAAUGAACUUAGAGCACUAUAAUUGCACGGUUAUUUAAAAUAUUUUGGUUGAAUUGCUCCUUACCUAGAAGCCAUGUAGGCAUGCAGGGAGUACUGUACAAAGGUUUUCAUAAUGUGCCUUGGCAGGACACAUACUUAGCACUAAUAUAUUUAGACAGCAUUACUCCCUCAUACAAGACCUUGUCCUUCCUGGUGUUUGUUUGUUUAUUUAUAUGGUACAGUCUGUGUGUCAGAUCGGUCAGUCUGUAUAAUACCUGUGAGAAUGUUCCAUUUCAUGUUGCUUAUAGGUUAGGUUAGGUUAGGUUAUUCAACUGAGAACUGCAAACAUUUCAUUAAACUUUGCACUGAACUUAACCUGAUCUAAUGUAACCUCAUCUACUGUAUACAGGUACUUCUCUAUUCACAAGUGUUUAGUUUAUGCCAUUUUUAGAAUAAAAUGAGGUCAUUUACUCUUUUUUUUAAUUUAUGUGGGUUAAUGUUUGGAAUAACAUGACCAUUGACAAACAUCAUCAUUGGGCUGGCAGCACAGUGGUGUCGCAUUGUCAAACACUCAUAAUUUACAAGUGCAUGCUGGCUACUGCAGUGUUUAUGUA